AUGCGUCAGACCCAGGAUCGAACCGACCAGCUCACAACGUUCGAUCACUUGACAGCUCAGCGUGAGUUGAACCGGUCAGCGCAGAAAUCUUCGCUUGAGAGAGAGAAGGAGAUUAAGGAGGAGAUCAAGAAGCUGCAGCGAGAGUUGGAACUGGACAGACGCCGAGCAGACCACAAGUUGACUAUCAAGAACCUCCGGGACGAUAUUUCAAGUGAAGAGAGUCAUCAGCGGGAGCUCCGGUUUAAACGCGACGAGAUUGAUUCUAAAUUGGCUGCGCUAAGAUCUGGUCCUUUGGCCGGCGUCCGAGUCCAUGGUCGACGAUCUAACACUGGAGACACAUUUGACACAAUCUCAGUAGACGAUGAGCCUCUAGACCAUGAUUUGCGGCCAAUUAGUGAACUUGUUAGCAACCAGCCGGAGUUUGCGGAUCCAACUCACAGAUACAGUCCCGAAGGAAAUGCGCAGAGUGAAGAUGAAGCAGCAUUUGAGCGUUCGCCUCCCAGGGACACCGAAACAUCCCGGUUUAGAGGCAAGUUUUUGGAUUUCAACUGGGAUACUAUGGACAUCGAUUUUACACUCGAAGACUACGAGUUUACAGAAGCUGAUUUCGCAUUCAUGCGAUCCCUUGAGCAGGGUAAUCCGACUCACGAUGAAUCCUCGCUCUCCGCUGCUUCUCACCAGGACAUCAUUCUUCCAGUUACAAUGUCGCCCCAGCCCCUGCCUCAGCCCCAGCCCCAGCCCCAGCCUCAGUUGGCAGUUGCAGUGGAGCACAUCGGCGAACUUAACCUUGCCGAUGUUAGCGUAGGUAAUAUUGUGUCCACACGGCAAGUGCGCCGAACACGGGACAGAGCACGGGACAAUGACAUUGGAGAUAACGUAGGAUCUGUGUCGUCCAAGAAGCGACGACUUUGA